AUAUGCAAAUAAACCCACGUGACACCAAUUUUACCGGUAUCACGUGACCUUCUGGCAGCUUGCCCUCCGUGCUUGAGGGUUUUUUAAAGAUGCUGCCCUGUCUGUUAAUGUCACCACUUAGACAGAAGAGACGAUAAACAAAGGACACAACACGGUUGGAUAAGAUCAACAAGGGCCCCAUCUGUCUCCGAGUGGCAACACGUACUCCUGUGGACAGGAUGGAGAACGACUCUGAAUCCAGAAAGCUGAACGGCCAGCCUGAGGAUUCCACAGCCCUUUCAAAACCAAGAGAGAGCAUGCAGCUCAAAAAGGAAAUCUCUCUCCUGAACGGAGUCAGCCUCAUCGUGGGAAACAUGAUUGGCUCAGGCAUAUUUGUGUCGCCAAAGGGCGUUCUGAUGUACAGCGCCUCCUAUGGACUGUCUCUUGUUAUCUGGGCCAUUGGUGGCAUCUUUUCAGUAGUGGGUGCUCUCUGUUAUGCAGAGCUGGGCACAACAAUCACAAAGUCUGGUGCAAGCUACGCAUAUAUCCUGGAGUCAUUCGGAGGCUUCAUAGCAUUUAUACGUCUGUGGACAUCACUGCUUAUCAUCGAACCGACAAGCCAGGCUGUAAUUGCCAUAACUUUUGCCAACUACUUGGUUCAGCCACUCUUUCCCACCUGUGAGCCUCCAUAUUCUGCAUCUCGGAUUAUUGCUGCUGCCUGUAUUUGCCUGCUGACCUUUAUUAAUUCCGCUUAUGUCAAGUGGGGUACCAGGGUGCAGGAUGUCUUCACUUAUGCCAAAGUUCUGGCCCUCAUCGUCAUUAUCAUCACAGGGAUAGUGAAACUGUGCCAAGGUUUCACAAUGAACUUUGAGGAUUCUUUCCAAGGCUCAUCUCGUGACCCAGGAGAUAUCGCUUUGGCCUUGUACUCGGCUCUUUUCUCGUACUCAGGCUGGGACACACUUAACUUUGUCACAGAAGAGAUUAAGAACCCUGAAAGGAACCUUCCUCUCUCCAUUGCAAUCUCCAUGCCGAUUGUUACGAUAAUCUACAUCCUAACAAAUGUGGCCUAUUAUGCUGUGCUGGACAUGAGUGCCAUCCUCGCCAGUGAUGCUGUCGCUGUGACGUUUGCAGACCACACUCUGGGAGUGAUGAGUUGGACUAUCCCUAUUGCGGUUGCUUUAUCUUGUUACGGAGGUCUUAAUUCUUCCAUCAUUGCUGCAUCCAGGUUGUUCUUCGUGGGAGCUCGAGAAGGUCAUCUUCCAGAUGCUUUGUCUAUGAUUCACGUGCAGAGAUUCACACCGGUUCCAGCUCUGCUAUUUAACUGUGCCAUGGCUCUGAUCUAUCUUACAGUGGAGGAUGUUUUCCAGUUGAUUAACUAUUACAGCUUCAGUUACUGGUUUUUCGUUGGCCUGUCUAUUGCCGGGCAGAUCUACCUUCGCUGGAAAGAGCCAGACAGGCCCAGACCACUGAAGUUGAGUCUGCUGUAUCCCAUCAUCUUCUGCAUGUGUGUUGUGUUCUUGGUGGCUGUGCCACUGUAUUCUGACACACUCAACUCACUCAUCGGAAUUGCUAUUGCCCUCUCUGGAGUGCCUGUUUACUUCUUGGGUAUCUAUCUUCCAGAGUCCAAGCGCCCGCCCAUCAUCACUAAACUGUUACGUGCCAUCACCCGUUUCACCCAGUUCACCUGCUUUUGUGUGCUCACCGAGUUAGACACCGUUGAUUAAAACACUUGCACCCCCUUGACACAAACCCACUGGUAUGGGGAGAGGAAACCAAUAUCUGGAGAAACUGGAAAAAUAUCCUCCAAACUUUUAAAGACACAGAUGCACUCUUAAUGUCACUGCAUUGGAUUCUUCUUUUUAUUGAUUAUAAAAGGGUUAAGGUCAUGGUGCACUGAAUAUUAGAGAUAUGACCUUAAGAACUAUAUGACGUGGAAAUGAAGGCCAUUUCAAAGCUCUGGGUCAUAAUGGUACCGGAGAGAUCAUGAUGCAAAAACACCAUCUGUAUGUCCGUCAGAGAAAUGAGUACAUAAACAGGAUGCAGUGGUUUGGGUGUGCCUUUAUGAAGAACAUGGCCAAGAAUUUGAUGAUGUUUAUGUAACAUUUUUGCCCCCUGCCGCCUUUUUUUUUCUUCUUUUUAUCAAAUGGUUUUUAUUUUAGAAUCUGUUUUUUUAAAUGUCUGUCAAUUUAUUUAUCUCUUUUUUUUUUUUUUUUUUUUAAGUGAAGGAGAUUUUAUUUUUUCAUCUUCCUUCCUGGGAUUUACUUUGGCACAACUGUGUCAGUCCUCUUCUAGUAUUUAAAGUGUUCCGUCUCGGCUGCUAUGCUUCUUUACAUAUAGUGAAGCAUCACGUGUUCACUUGUGGAAGAAGUUAGAUAAGAAUAAAGAGGAACAGGAUUCAUACACCCCAAUAAAUUUCCAUGAAUUUUUCAUGACUUUUGAGUCAUGACCUAAUCUUCCAUUAUUUUACAAAUAUGUCAUGUAAUAGAAGAAUAAAAAUCUAUUAUCUGUUCUUGAAUUCUGUUAACUUCAAUUUAAACUUGAAAAAAAGUGUCCCAAAUAAUUUAUAUUACAAUACUAAGUGUAAGUGUCAUGGAAAUUGCUCUUGAAUCAUUCAGUUAUCAUAAAAUCAUCCAAAGUAUCCAUUGGCCAGACAAGGAAUACAUUGUUACUGGUGAAAAUCCCAGUAAUCUCAUUAUGGAAGUCCAGAUGUGAUUCUGUUGUAGCAUGAAAAACACUGAACAGCUUUCCAAAUAUUGUCAUUUGCAUUUGUGUACAAGUUUUUAUUAAUUUAUUUGAUAUUAUAUCAGUAAAACUUACAUACACACGCUAGACAAGAACUGAUUGAAUAAAUAAUUUAUGGUAUUUUCAGUUUAA